CGCGGGUCACGUGACCGGCCAACAUGGCCGCCCGCGGAGACUGCCGCCGGGCGGGGCAGGACUCGGAGCCCGAGCCGGAGCCGGGGCCGGAGCCGGGGCCGGGGCCGGGGCCCGAGGCCGGCCUAGAGUCCGGGGAAGAGUUCGAGAUCGUGGACCGGAGCCAGCUGCCGAGCCCCGGCGAGCUGCGGAGCGCGGCGCGGCCUCGAGCGGCCGACGGCUGGUCGGCGCCCAUCCUGACGCUGGCGCGCAGGGCCACCGGGAACCUGUCGGCGAGCUGCGGUAGCGCGCUGCGCGCGGCCGCGGGGCUGGGAGACGGCGGCGUCGGCGGGGAGCGCGCAGCUUCCAAAGGCCAGAUGAUGGAGGAGCGUGCCAACCUGAUGCACAUGAUGAAACUCAGCAUUAAGGUCUUGCUGCAGUCUGCCCUUAGCCUGGGACGCAGUCUGGAUGCCGACCACGCCCCCUUGCAGCAGUUCUUUGUAGUGAUGGAGCACUGCCUCAAACAUGGGCUGAAAGUUAAGAAGAGUUUUAUUGGCCAAAAUAAAUCUUUCUUUGGUCCGUUGGAGCUGGUGGAAAAACUUUGCCCUGAAGCAUCAGAUAUAGCCACCAGUGUCAGGAAUCUUCCAGAGCUAAAGACAGCCGUGGGAAGAGGCAGAGCUUGGCUCUACCUUGCUCUCAUGCAAAAGAAACUGGCAGAUUAUCUGAAAGUCCUCAUAGACAAUAAACAGCUCUUGAGUGAGUUCUAUGAGCCUGAGGCGUUAAUGAUGGAGGAAGAGGGCACGGUGAUUGUCGGCCUGCUGGUGGGACUCAAUGUUCUGGACGCCAAUCUCUGCUUAAAGGGAGAAGACUUGGAUUCUCAGGUCGGAGUGAUUGAUUUUUCCCUCUACCUGAAGGACGUGCAGGAUCUUGACAGCGGCAGAGAGCAUGAAAGAAUCACUGAUGUCCUUGAUCAGAAAAAUUACGUGGAAGAACUUAAUCGGCACUUGAGCUGCACAGUUGGAGAUCUUCAAACCAAGAUAGACAGCUUGGAAAAGACAAACUCAAAGCUUCAGGAAGAGCUUUCAGCUGCAACAGACCGAAUUUGUUCUCUGCAAGAAGAACAGCAGCAACUGAGAGAACAGAACGAAUUAAUUCGAGAAAGAAGUGAAAAGAGUGUGGAGAUAACAAAGCAGGACACCAAAGUUGAACUGGAGACUUAUAAGCAGACCCGGCAGGGCCUGGACGAAAUGUACAGUGAUGUGUGGAAACAGCUGAAGGAGGAGAAGAAAGUCCGCCUGGAACUAGAAAAGGAACUGGAGUUACAGAUUGGAAUGAAGACUGAGAUGGAAAUUGCCAUGAAGUUACUGGAGAAGGACACUCAUGAGAAGCAGGACACACUCGUGGCCCUCCGCCAGCAGCUGGAGGAAGUCAAAGCAAUUAACCUACAGAUGUUUCACAAAGUUCAGAAUGCAGAGAGCUGUUUGCAGCAGAAGAAUGAAGCCAUCGCAUCUUUUGAAGGAAAAACCAGCCAGGUCAUGUCCAGCAUGAAACAAAUGGAAGAAAGGUUACAGCAGGCGGAAAGGGCCCGACAGGGGGCAGAAGAGCGGAGCCACAAGCUGCAGCAGGAGCUCAGUGGGAGGGUCAGUGCCCUGCAACUCCAGCUGUCCCAGCUGCGUGACCAAUGCUCAGGUCUAGAGAAAGAACUGAAGUCAGAAAAAGAACAGAGACAAGCUCUCCAGAAAGAAUUACAGCGUGAGAAAGACACCUCCUGUCUGCUUCAGACAGAGCUGCAGCAAGUGGAAGGACUGAAGAAGGAGCUACGGGAGCUCCAAGAUGAGAAGGUGGAGUUACAGAAGGUCUGUGAGGAGCAGGAGCAAGCCCUCCAGGAAAUGGGACUGCACCUCAGCCAGUCCAAACUAAAGAUGGAAGACAUAAAGGAAGUAAAUAAGGCGCUGAAGGGACACACAUGGUUGAAAGAUGAUGAAGCGACACACUGUAAGCAGUGUGAGAAAGAGUUCUCCAUUUCUCGGAGAAAGCACCACUGCAGAAACUGUGGCCACAUUUUCUGCAACACCUGCUCUAGCAACGAGUUGGCCCUGCCCUCCUAUCCUAAGCCAGUGCGUGUAUGUGACAGUUGUCAUACCCUGCUACUACAGCGCUGCUCCUCCACGGCCUCCUGAGGCCGUCAGCCCCCCCCCAGUAGACCUUGGCCUGUUGCCCUCCAUCCUCAAGAGUGGAGGAAAGCCUCAAGUACAGUGCCAAACUCUGCAUCUCCAGAGACCUGCAGGGGCCCAAGAAAAAUCAAAGAACGAGUGCCUCCCCAGGCUGUCAGCCUCUGAAAACAGCAGCUGAGCACUUUUUCAUGGUUUGUAUGGAGUUGGCUACUCUAGAGGGACACUUCUGUGUCCUGUUAUGUCCUGACUUUGGUACAGGUGCAACUUGAUUUUGCUACUGUCACUUUCACUCUUCAAAGGAUUAACAUAUUUUGAAGCAGUUGCACUGGUACCAAAUCUUCCUACCCACAGAAACCUUCAUUUCUGCAGUGCUUUGAACCUCAUGAGUCUAUCUUCAUUUCUGCAGUGCUUUGAACCUCAUGAGUCUAUCAGUGUGCCUUGUCUGCUUCAGCAUCCAGCAUUUGCCAUCAUUCCCCUGUCAAAAUACCUACUGGUUUAGCCCUCAAAUAAAAUCUUUAUUUUUCAAUUUUGUACAAGGUGCAGGACUCCAGCUUGCCUGUGGAAAGCUCAGUUGAGGUCUGGGGAGGAGGGCCUGCUAGACUUGAGCUAUUCAACUAUUGCAUUGCUUGGACUCAAGGCUGCUCCACCCAGGUGAACCAAAGCCAGAGUAAAGGACCUCAAACCUGUCACCAAAGUCCAAUACCAACUUGCCAGACUCUUGUGCUACCAUUUUAAGUGGAUUCUUCAGGAUCAACGUGAAACUUAAGUUUAAAGGAAAACUAGUGUUUUUCAAAAAUUGCAAAAUUACUUCAAGUUUUAAAAGCUAAACAACGCAUUAAAAAAAAUUGUACCAUAACCAUGUACUAUGUGUCCAUCGAAUGGUGUGUUAUGAAUAGGGAGCACAGGGGAAGUCUUUUGCUUUGCCUAUUCAUGGUGAGCAGAAGUGAGAGGACAAAAGUUGGACUAAAAGCAACUCACUGUGCCCAGAAUGGCAGCCUCCAUGGAGUUAAAGUCAGUCACUGACUGCUAUAGAAAGUGUUAUCACAACAUUAUCAGUAUUUGCUAUUGGGAAUUUAAAUUAUAUUUUUUGAGAAAAUAUUUACCUACGCAAUGUUUGAUUGAAAAUCACUGGAGUUUUCCUGUAAAACUUGGUCUGCAAAAGGAUUUUGUAGGGUAAGACUAUAAUACCAAAAUCACCAUUCUUUAGACCAAUUGAAAAAAAUAAAACCAUCCCUAGGUUAACCGACUAGUAAAAUACUGUCCUGAACCCAACCACUCUAAGUAUGUAAAAAUCACCCUCUGUCAAAAAUUAAUAUAAUGCUACAACAGAAAAGCAAACUAAUGGUUUAAUAAAUGAACACAAAUGUUUUCUGGCUUGACAGUGUUCCAAAAUUGCAAUGAUUACAAAACAUCCCCCUCCUCCCCAAUAACUGUUUCUGCAAAUUAAAAGCUAUUAAGAAUUACAAUAAAAACCAUACAUGUAGUAUCUCACUCUUUUUAAAAGGAACCUGUAUAUCCCAACUAAAGAAACCUACCUAAAACUUACUCUACAUAUGUAAAAAAACCAAACUUACCAUAUCCACUCAUGCUGCUCUGGCCACCGUAGCCACCUCCAUAACCACCACUCAGCUGCUGGCUGGCUGGGCCACCGUAACUGGACUGGUUUGCUGUUAAGUUAAGAGAACAUUAGAGCUUUGCUUCUUAUCCAAUGUGGUACCUGGUGGUACCGGGCUUGUAAUUCUAUGUCUACAAUUUUCCAGUCUUGAUCUUGUAUUACUGUCUCCUUCUGCCUACUCUAUGACAAGACUCCGAUUGUCUAUGACCAGAUUAACAUUUAUAUUCAUCAUUUCAGCUAGUCAAAUGUUUAUAAACUAAAAGGUUGAAGACUUAAAAUACACAUGAUUUCCUAAGUAGAGGUAUCUUGUAACCAUCUUAAACUUAGUUAAUGGGGAUCCCCCCCCAGCUUGAUUUAUUUAUGUCAGGUAUCAGUUAAGACCUAAUUAUGUUCCCAAAAUAAAUUUUAACCCGUAUUUUUGCUAAGUAUUUUAGACUUAAACUUUAUAUACAGAUAGUAUAACCCAAAUUGUCCCCUCCCCCAAACAAAAGUACUACUUUGAGAGAUCUACCUAAGCACCUUCAUGUUAUUUUUAAGGUUUUAGUAAUAUCUUAAAAAUACAAAACUUCUUCAAAUUAAGAAUCUGUCUCCACCUAAAUUUUUUCUAACUUUAAAUUAUUUAACUUAAAAUCAUAAUGCUAACAAACUCUUACACUAAUUAAAUAUAUAUAUUAACUUAGCUUAUUGUCUACUUAUACAAAUAUAAUAAAUGUUUUGGUUUUUAAAAAAACUAACGAUAUUUACACAAGCCCAUGCCUCCCAUCAUUUGGCUACCAUAAGCACCACCGCUUGCUCCUGCUGUAGAAUUCAAGAAGAGUUCUACAUAUCUGUGUUCUGAAAUGAGAGAAAAGGCAUACAAGGUUAGCUUUAAAAAAAAGACACUAAAGUGAUAUUUACACAAACCCAUGCCUCCUAGCAUUUGGCUACCGUAAGCACCACCGCUUGCUCCUGCUGUAGAAUUCAGGAAGAGUUCUACGUAUCUGUGUUCUGAAAUGAGAAAAAGAAAAGUUUGAAAAUGUUUGUUGGUAAAAGAAAAGAUAAGCAGUUUAAAAAUAAUUUGUGAAUCACAAAUGUUUUGGCAAAAAGAAAAUUCCCAUGUUAGUUUAAGAACUAGCUUUUAAACACUCAUCUGAAAACUACCAAUUAAGGACUAACUUCAAAUUCCAAAAUAGCUUUUAAAAAAAUUAAACUUUUCAGUACAUCCAAGGCACCCCACUAGAGAGCAAAUCUUUCCUAUAUCCUUAUUAUGCUAUUUCUAUUCCUCUGCUCCAAACACUUGUCAUUCAAUUGCCUGUGGUUACAAAUGUUUUAAUUACACUUACGCAUAUUUGCUUUGUCUUUUGACAUAGCUGCAACAGCAUCUUCAUGGGUUGCAAACUCUACAUCUGCUUCACCAGUUACUCUGCCAUCAGGUCCAAUCUCAAUAUGUACUCUCACAGGGUUGAGUGGUGAAAAAAACUAAAAUCCAAGUUAUUUCAAAAAUAGUUAAUUUUUAAGUCUAAAUUUUAUUAUGAUCACCCCCUAUUUUUAUUGCUGUACUGAAUUACCUAAAGUGAAUUUAUCUGAACACUUACAUUAUAAAUGUCAUUCUCAGUAGCUCUGUAUGGUAAUCCCCGCAUGUGUACACAGUGUCCUGUUGUACUCUGGAAAGUAGAUCCACCAUCCCCGUAUCUGUGGUCAGACAUUCCUGAAAAACAAUAAUUGAGGUCUAGAUGGACAAGUGUGUAAGUACCCUUCAAUUGAGAAAUUCAAUUCUUACCUUACCUCUUCCAAAUCUAUCUGAACCAAAUCCAUAGCCGUCAUUAUAGCCAUUAUAAUCAUCAUAGCCUCCAUAACCUGAAAGAUAGAAAGUACAAUUACACUUACACAUAAACACACAACAUACAUUAGACAGAGAAAACUAAUUCAACCUUGCAAAUACACACCUCCACCAUAAGCACCACGCCUCAUUCUCUCAAAGCCAGCUCCUCUGCCAAUGCUGUUAUACCCUCUGCCAGCCCCAGGUCUGUCAUAGGGACCUGGUCGCUGCAUGGCCAUAAGUUUUCGUGGUGGAUCAUAAUGAGUUCUAACUUCAGCUCGACUGCUCUUAAAUAUUUCAAUAUACCUAAAGCAUUGUCCAAAAGGAAAGGGAAUGGGGAGGGGAGAAAAAACAUUAGUUUAUGUCAUACAGUUACUCAAUUAUACAAAAAAAAAAAACAA